UUUCCUUUGUGAUAGCCUGGUUGUUAUUCGUACUUCUCUUUGCACUACAACUUUGGAGAGACAGCAGCAACUGUUUAUCCCAGGCUGGAUUUGGACAGUCGUAACAAAACAAGACAUUGUGAUAUAAAUUGUACUAUUCCAAACAUUGACGAUCAUCUGUAUUCAAGGCAGUAUGUCUAGCAGUGAUAAGAUAUGUGUCUCGUCAAAACAUUGUGAAAAGAGUCCUGCUCUGAAAGUAGAAGGCAGUGUGUCUAGCAGUGAUGAGGUAUGUGUCCCAUCAAAACAUUGUGAAAAGAACCCUGAUCUGGAAGUUCUAGGCAGUAUGACUAGCAGUGAUGAGAUAUGUGUCCCAUCAAAACAUUGUGAAAAGAACCCUGAUCUGGAAGUUCUAAGCAGCAUGACUAGCAGUGAUGAGAUAUGUGUCUCGUCAAAACAUUGUGAAAAGAGCUCUGAUCUGGAAGUAGAAAGCAGCAUGACUAGCAGUGAUGAGAUAUGUGUCUCGUCAAAACAUUGUGAAAAGAGCCCUGAUCUGGAAGUUCAAACAUCAAAACAUUCUUCUGAAAAACCUUUCCAAUGUGGGAUAUGUUUAAAGUGUUUCUCUAACAAGUAUCACAUUAAGCGGCAUAUGAGGAUCCACACUGGUGAAAAACCAUAUCAGUGUGAGGUGUGCAGAAAGUCUUUUCAUCGGAAUUUUCUCUUGAAACAACAUAUGCUGAUUCACACUGGAAUUAAGAAGUUCAAAUGUGAGGUGUGUGGAAAACAUUUUGCUCUGAGUUCCACCUUGAAAUCUCAUAUGACGAUUCACACUGGCAUUAAACCUGUUAAAUGUGAGGUGUGUGCAAAACGUUUCACAUAUAACAGUCACUUGAAACUACACCAGGUCGUGCACACUGGUGUUAAGCCUUUUAAAUGCCAGGUGUGUGCAAAAUGUUUCUUUCUCAAGUCCAACUUGAACAAACAUAUGUCGAUUCAUACUGUUGUAAAAACUUUCAAGUCUCCUGUUUGUGACGAACGUUUCUGGCUACCUUCUGUAUUAGAAGAACAUGCGUUGAUACACACUGAUAAGCCAUUUGUGUGCGAGGUGUGUACCAAGGGUUUCUCUCGGAAUAGAAGCUUGAAACAGCAUAUGUUGAUUCACCCUGUUAAACCUUUCAAAUGUGAGGUGUGUGCAAAAUGUUGUUCACUCAAUUCCAACUUAAAAAAACAUAUGCAGGUUCAUACUGGUGUUAGACCUUUUAAAUGCGAGGUGUGUGCAAAAUGUAUUUCAUCGUUGUCUGCCUUGAAACGGCAUAUGUUGAUCCACACUGGUGUCAAGCCUUUCAAAUGUGAGGUCUGUGCAAAAUGUUUCGCUCGGAGUACUACCUUGAAAUCUCAUAUGCAGAUCCACACUGGUGUUAAGCCUUUUAAAUGUGAGGUGUGUGCAAAACGUUUUUCUUAUAGUCGCAGCUUGAAAAGUCAUAAAUCAAACUCACACCCUUUAUAAAUCGUUUAAAUGUGAGGUUUGUGCAAAACGUUUUACUCAUAGUCGCAGCUUGAAAAGUCAUAAAUCAAACUCAUCCUCUUUAUAAAUCGUUUAAAUGUGAGGUGUGUGCAAAACGUUUUUCUAAUAGUCGCAGAAGCUUGAAAAGUCAUAAAUCAAACUCAAAGCCAGUGCUCCACAACUGGUAUAUCAAAGACCGUGUUAUGAACUAUCCUGCCUGUGGGAUGGUGCAUAUA